AUGAUUAAAUUAGGAUUCGAAACUCGCAAUACAUUCCUGUCAGAUCAGCGCAUAGCGCUAGAUAAUUUGGUGGAUGUAACAGCUAAAGAAGAACACGUAAAACAAAAAAGUAAACGUGAAAUUAUGGCGCAUAGAACGCCUUUAAAAAACAAGAAUAAUUUCACUGAUUCCGACGAAUAUGAAGACUAUAUACAAUCUUCGAGUAGCGAUACAGAAUUUGAGAAGACUGAAGUUGAAGUGGCACCUGGAGCGUGUCAGCAAUAUUUUGUUGUUGGCUCAGUGAUACCUUCUGAAAGUAUAUUAUUGAUGUCAAAGCUAAUCUUCAAAGUGCCAUCUUUUACUAGUGUAAGUUAUCGAUUGAUUGCUUUUUUCAUCUACUGA